ACCGAGAACACAUGGAGGCGACCGUCGGUGUGUUGGAGAGACGCUCUCUGACACGGAAUGAGAACUUAAAUGUGCUUCUCUUCUUCGCUUUGUUCACCGCGACCUCGGGAGUUCUCUCCACACUGUUCUCCUGUGGGACUGACUACUGGCUGUUGGGGGCUGCUGAACUCGGUGACGUAAAAGGUGUCCCAAGAGAUCCUCAGGAAGUUGUGAGGAUCUUCCAUGAGGGUCUUUUUUUGCGCUGCUCCUUUCCGGCAUCAUCCCCUGAAUACUCACUUUUGGAUCUGUGGCUCUUGAGUCCACCGUAUGUAAAAGUCUGCCAUGCCGCCUUCCUCUUUCCGUUCCCCGCCAGAGGACCAUUUUGGUCAGGGGAGUCGCCUGCGGAACCCUACGAGCAUCACAGCGCCAUCGUUUUCAGAACCUUCUGGAGCAUCUUCCUCAUUACGGGCGUGGCCACCGUGGUCGCUGGUGGGCUAACCGUGGUCUGUGCCGCGCCGCUCUCCAACCCCAAGCUCUAUAAAGCCGGUGGGGCCCUUCUGCUCUGUGGCGGUGUCAGCAUGCUGGCCGUGGUUCUCAUGUAUCUGAUGUGGGUCCAGGUUCUGGACACCCUGGAGGACUUUGCCCUUUGGCAGCGUGUAAGCGGCCGCCCGGCCUUCCACCUCAGCGUCCAGCACGGUCCGUCCUUCUUCCUGGCGCCGGUGGCCUCCUUCUUCUGCCUGCUCUCCGGCCCGCUCUUCCUCGUGCUGGCACAGAGCGCUCGCCCUUUAGAGCAGCACCACCAGGACAAAAGACCAGAAGCUCCGACGCUUGAAACUGACCUGUAAGUCUCAGAAUGUCCAUUGUAUAGUCUUAAAAACUUACAGUGUAAAUGACAUCGUCCCUGCAACAUCUCAAUGCGUAUCAAAUAAACCAGAUGAUCCCUCUGACCUUCAUCAGUGAGGAUAAUUGGAAUACCUAA